AUGAGUCCAUUAGUGGAGCGUGAUUUCUUCGGAGAUCUACCGUCAGAAAUCACCACCAACAUCCUCUCACGCCUGCCCAUCCGAAGCCUCGCAAUCAGCAAGUCCGUUUGCAAACCAUGGCUCAAUCUAAUCGAUUCCGACUAUUUCCACAAAUCCGAAAUCAAAACCCCACCCGCCCUACUCCUCUUCACAGGGAAGACGAUGGAUUCAACUUGUUGCUCGAUUUUCGAAAUCGAAGACGAAGACGAAGUCGAAGUGGAGAAGAGCCAUGAUUUUCACCACAUUCCGCUCAUGGAUUUGGAAAUCCCUCACGGAAACAGAGCAACAAUGGAAGGUAUCACUGCUAAUGGAUUACUUCUUCUCUGCCCAAUCUCAACUAAAGCUAUUCCAGUUUACAUAUGCAAUCCGAUAACUCGUGAAUAUACGAAGCUCUGUUUCCCUGCUGACUACAUCCCGGGUCAUAUGUUGGAAUUUGGAUUAGGUGUGAGCAAAAUAAGUGGAGAAUAUAAGGUCGUCUGCAUCAAUGAGAGCACCAACUCUCGUUAUGUAUACACACUCGGAACAGGAACAUGGAGGCGUGUUGAAGCUGGCGCUGCUUCUGAAUGUUUUAGAACCUUCUCCAUUCCUCCCGUGGGAGAUGGAGCCCGAGAUUGGUAUUUGUCUGUUUUGAGGGACUGCCUGUGUUAUUUUUACACACGUGAAAGUGAAAUUGUCAUCUGGAAGAUGAAGGAUUACCAAGUCGAGGAUUCUUGGACCAUGGAGUACAGGUUGAGUACUGUAGGUUUUGAUUUUGAUUUGGAUGAUAUGUAUCUUCAUCCGAUUAGACAUUUUAAAGAUGGUGAUAUUUUGAUGUUGCUGGUUGAAUAUGAUCUCAUCUACUACUCCAGCAAGACAAGAACUUUUCAACAAGUUGGUAUGUUUAAGGUUGGAUCUGCGAGUUUCCUUAGCGCCUUGAUUUUCACUCCUAGCCUUUUCUCACUCAGGAAUUUUGGAUUCGAGAAUGUGAUCUCGUUUUAG